GUGAUGACGAGCGGCUACGCUCCUUACGUGCGUCGCUACGUACGUGACGUUUCGCUACCGUCGUCCUCUCUCCUCUCCUCCCUUUGUGCAGUUGACAGGCUCCUUCUCGGCCCUGACUGGGACACGCAGAGAUAAUGGCUGUACCUCCCACCUACGUUGAUCUUGGAAAGUCUGCCAGGGAUGUUUUCACCAAGGGUUAUGGCUUUGGGCUCAUCAAGCUGGACUUGAAAACAAAGUCUGAGAAUGGACUGGAGUUCACCAGCACAGGCUCUGCUAACACUGAAACCAGUAAGGUUGCUGGGUCCCUUGAGACCAAGUACAAGUGGGCAGAACAUGGGCUGACCUUCACAGAGAAGUGGAACACUGACAACACCCUGGGGACUGAGAUCACACUUGAAGACCAGUUGGCCAAGGGGCUGAAGUUGACGUUUGACUCCUCCUUUUCACCGAACACUGGCAAGAAGGGCGGAAAGAUCAAGACAGGCUAUAAGUGCGACCACAUCAACCUCGGCUGCGACGUUAACUACGACAUCAAUGGGACGGCCAUUCACGGUGCAGCGGUGGUGGGGUACGAGGGCUGGCUGGCCGGCUACCAGGUGACCUUCGAGGCCGGCAGGAACAGGAUCACCCAGAGCAACUUUGCUGUUGGAUACAAGACGGACGAGUUCCAGCUCCACACAAAUGUAAAUGAUGGCACUGAGUUUGGAGGCUCCAUCUACCAGAAGGUGAACGACCAGCUGGAGACGGCCGUCAACUUGGCGUGGACCGCCGGAAACAGUAACACCCGCUUCGGCAUCGCUGCCAAGUAUCAGAUCGAUCCGGAUGCAUCCUUCUCUGCCAAGGUGAACAACUCCAGCCUCGUGGGCCUGGGCUACACUCAGACCCUGAAGCCAGGAAUCAAGCUGACACUCUCGGCCCUUAUUGAUGGCAAAAACGUCAACGCUGGUGGCCACAAGCUCGGUCUCGGCCUUGAGUUCCAGGCAUAAAUGUCUGAGACAGAAGCCCUUCCAGUUCUCCCAGCACACAUGCAUUCCCCACCAAAAACAAUGAAAUCCAAAUCCUUGAUUGAUUAGCUAGCCCUCACAAAAAAUGUAUUUCCUUUAGACAUGCUACGGCUGGAAGACCGCAUAAAUGUUAACUGGUUUUUCUUUGGGAUCUACCACUUUCACGGGGCUGCUUUAAGGGAAUGUUGUUUUAGACAGAACGAGUCCGCUUGAGAACAAAACUUUAACCAUUCAGCAUAAAGUUUGACUCUUCAUUUACAAAAGGUCCAAGUAGCCUCGGGUACAAAACUGUUGGCUUCUCUCUUCUACGUUUAUAUGCGAUACUUCCAGUCGUUUGUCUCUGUGGGUUUCCAAUGCAAGAAAAGGGAAAAUGAAACCUAGACCAGCUCGGAAGGGUCUUGACACGACUCAUAUACAGUUAAAUAAUUCCACCACCAGAUGGCGCUGUUACAUAGUGCCAGUAAGCACUCCUUCAGGUGUAGUGGUGAAAUGAGUUUUAUUUAAACACUUCAGCACUGGAGGGCUCUAGUGUCGGACCGAACAUAACAGUGAAAAGGGUCAGUCAUCCCUGAUGUCAGCAGCUGUCGGUAGCUCGAAGAGACACUACUCCCCAAAGUGUACAUUCUGUGUUUUUGUCUCACUUGUCUCUUGUGUCUGUGCAUUUGGUGUGAAUUAUGUCUUUUGUUACAUAUAGCUAAACAAUUAUUAUUUUAUUGAUGGUCUUGCAUAGUUUAAUCCACAUGUCAAGUCUUAUAAAGGCCAAUGUCUCUUCCUGAUCAGUUCAUUAUACAACACAGUGGAACCUCUAGGGGUGAGAGUAAUGUACUUCUGAGGGAGGAAAAAGGGAGUAGAAGAAAAUGGACAGGAAGUAGUCGUCUUCCACAGCUGGUUAUGGGACUCAUGGUUGGUGUAUUUGACAGUAUUGUCAUUCCCUGAAACAAAUAAAGUCAUGAACCACUU